CAUGCAGACCAGGGGGCCAGAAGCACAGAGCGUCGACUUCACAAAGGAGGAGAACAAAAAACUCUACGAUCAGAUGAAGGCGCUGUGGGGGACUUUUCAAGCUGGUAGCGUAAGUUUCCAUCGACCUCCUUUUCCUGCUUCUCUCCCACUGCUCUCUGGUGCAACCAAAUGGAACUUUACUAUCCCCGCUUCUACACCAUCUGGCUUAUACCUCGUUCGUUUCGAGCAAAUGUUUCCAAACCCCCAGGACGCGCAAUUCUACGUCAACUGUGCACACAUCGAGGUUGUCAACGACAAUGGUACACCGGGAGCUCUACCAGAUGGCGUCAAGAUCCCAGGCGUGUACACCAGGGGUCAAAAAGAUGUUUACUUUUCUACGUACGAUUAUGGCUUGAAGGGGAGCUUGGAUGGCUAUACGACGCCUGCGCCUGAGGUUUGGACCGGGUAGGUUCGAAUCUGGACGUUUGGGUGGUUUGAACUGAAGGAUGGGGUAUUUACAUACACGGGGUAGGCAAGGAUUGCGAUGCCUCCUCGC